UUGGCCGCGAUAUGGCUGCACUGGUGGAGCCGCUGGGACUGGAGCGGGACGUGUCCCGGGCCGUGGAACUGCUGGAGCGGCUGCAACGCAGCGGAGAGCUGCCCCCGCAGAAGCUGCAGGCCCUGCAGCGGGUCCUGCAGAGCCGUUUCUGUUCUGCCAUCCGCGAGGUGUACGAGCAGCUCUAUGACACGCUGGAUAUCACUGGCAGCGCUGAGGUGCGGGCUCACGCCACAGCCAAGGCCACAGUGGCUGCCUUCACAGCCAGCGAGGGCCAUGCACAUCCCAGGGUGGUAGAACUACCGAAGACUGAUGAGGGUUUGGGCUUCAACAUCAUGGGCGGCAAAGAGCAAAACUCACCCAUCUACAUCUCCCGAGUCAUCCCUGGAGGCGUGGCUGAUCGCCAUGGUGGCCUCAAGAGGGGAGACCAGCUGUUGUCCGUGAACGGUGUGAGUGUGGAGGGCGAACACCAUGAAAAAGCCGUGGAACUCCUGAAGGCUGCCCAGGGCUCAGUGAAACUGGUGGUGCGGUACACCCCGCGGGUGCUGGAGGAGAUGGAGGCCCGCUUUGAGAAGAUGCGAUCUGCCCGGAGGCGCCAGCAGCACCACAGCUACACGUCUUUGGAGUCCCGAGGCUGAAAUCACAGAGCAGGACCCUCCACCUCCCCUGUACAGUAUUAUUUAUUGUCAC